GCAUACACUACUAGAUGCCAGCAUAUAUCUCCUAGUUACCACCGUGCGUGCACACUCAUACGCCUUACCCGUAUACACAGUGCCCGAGUAUGGAGGUGUGUAUGAGUGUACUCAGUUGCUUGCUCUGACUGUUUCCGUUUCGUUCGCGCCGUCGAAAAGAAAAAAGAAGGCAUGUCCGUGACCCUUCAUACGGCUUCCCGCGCGCUCGCGCUGUCGAAUGUCAUCCGCGUUACAGAUGGCCUCGGAGAACGGGAAGGUGGAGGCAGUGAGGGGGCGGGGCGCGAGGAGCGAGGACGAGCGAAUUGUCAUUGUGGAGGAUUCUGUUCGGUUCCCGUCGGCAGCGCAUCGGCGCAUCGGAGCUCACCGCCACCACAAGCCACGACAAGCCACGAAACACCACACACCAAACGGCGCCGGCAGUCCACAGCCCCUCGGCUCCGCAGCAGCCACAGCCACAGCCCUGCCCAGUACCGCAGACCCCCCCAUCAAAAUUUCCAACCCCACGAAAAUAGACUCCGCCGUGAUCGAUAUUACUCCGCGUCGAUUAGUCGCCAGGCACGGCCUACGGUACUAUACACUUCGAAGAAUCGAAGUUCGUUCCAUGGAUUCCUGGAACCCCAUCGCGCACCCGACCGAGGCCAUUUGGUUGCGGCGAUUGAAAUGCUGCACUUCGCUUGCCGGGCACGGUGUCGAGUACAUAGAAAUCCGCACCUCGACACGGACAUCUGUCGCUCACCGCCCCAGAUCCCCCCCAUCCCCCCGGAGUAAGCAAUUGAUGAUCGAGAAGGCUCCCGCCCGCACCAGGCGUGACACACCGAUUUGCGAUCCGCGCGAGCCCCUUUGCCUACUUGCUGCUUGCUCUGUUUCCAGACAUCCUCCAAACCCUCCCCCCUCCCCCCGGGAGUCACCGUACGUACCCGGACGACUCCAACGCAGCGGCAACUAGCCAUUGGGCCCCCCCUCAGAUCCCGCCCUGUCGCCCCGCAGCGUCAUUCGUGUCCCCACGCUCUCAUCGGCUGCGAUCCUCACUUCCUGUGUCUCCUGGCUGGAGCACCUCGAAUACCUCGAACACCUCGAACACCUCGAAAACUCCUCCUCCUCCUCCACUCUACACACUCUACUUACUCUACUCUAGACCAACC